UCAUCACCAUCUCACCUCACCUCAGCUCCGAUCACAUCUUCAUUCCUCUCUCAUAACAAUCCUUUCCUAGCUUGCCCUGAAAAACGAAAGAGGAAUCCCGAAGCACCAAAAUUCUAGAGCAGGAGAGAUGGCGAAUGGCAAUGGAGGAGGCAGCCGCUUGGUGGUGACCGAGCUGAGCCACAUCAAGGAGCUGGUGAAGCAGCUCGAGGUGCACCUGGGAGGCUCUCCCGACCUGUGCAAGGACCUGGCCGCGCAGAUCUUCACAGUCACCGAGAAGUCCAUCAGCAUGAUCAGGUCCGGGCACUUCGACUUCGACGGCCGGAAGCGCUCCGCCACCGGCCUCCAAUCGACGCCGCUCUCGGCCACGCCCAGCCCCCUCAGCGGCGUCUCUGACAUGCCCUUCAAGACGAACAAGAAGAGGAAGAUGGACAAAGGGACGCGUCAGGUUCGAGUGAGCUCGGCGGGCGGAGGAGCGGAUGGCCCAGAGGACGACGGCUUCAGCUGGAGGAAGUACGGCCAGAAGGACAUCCUUGGAGCCCUGCAUCCAAGGGCAUACUACCGUUGCACGCACCAAAAAACCCAGGGAUGCGCGGCGACGAAGCAGGUGCAGCGCGUCGACGAGGAUCCGACGCUCUACGACGUGAUCUACAACGGCGAUCACACCUGCGUUCACAAGGCCACGGCGGCGGCGACGGCCAAGGCGCAGCCGGAGGACGCAUGCAGUCUUCUGCAGAGCCUGAGCUCGAGCCUGAAGGUGGAGACCGAGGGGCUCACGCCGAGGGCUCAGCAGGGCUGGGGCGCCACCACGCCCUUCAGUUUCUCCUCGCCGACGGUGAGCGGCCUGACGCCGUCGACGCCGGACAACUGCUUCUGGCAGGGCGUGUCAGCGCCCACGUCCCUCGAACCGUCGCCGGCGACCUCGGGCUCGAACUACCUCUCCAUGAGGGCGCAGUGUGAGCUUGACACGAUGGUGUCCGCGCUCACGACAGCCACGAGCAUGCCACCGCCCGCCAUGGAGGAUACCACCUUCUCUAUGGACGGAUUCGAUCUCGAUUUCGAUGUUUCUUGCUUCUUGGCAUCAGAUUGUUGAGAAGAAGAGAGAACGAAAAAGGUAGUAGAGAUUAGAGACGCAGCUUCAGGUGACCACCCUCUCAACUCUGGCGUUUGUUCAGAGACAGAGGAGGGAAGAACACUCGAGUUCUUCCUCUUGGCAGGUGUAAGAUUUAGGAGAUAAAAUUAGCGCCUCCUCCUUCGUCCUGUUACUUUUCUUUUUCUUUUCUUUUUGCCACCAGGGUGUUCCAUUGUAUUAUUGAAUUUGUUGUCAAGAAAAAUAAGAUCCUGUGAUUCAUGUUUAUA